AUGAUCGGACAAGUCGCGGCGAAGGAGCACUUCGAGCAGCCCGAGGAGUGCAUCAAGAAGCUCGCGAAGCAAUUCGCCAUUGACGGCGACGCCGAAAAGUUCGAGCUCGCCAAGCAGGAGCAGAUCAAGCGCCAGGGCGGGCACGGCAAGAAGGACGAGAAGUCGAGCAGCCAGAGUGAAGAAACCAAGGCGGCCGCAGCCACGAAGGGAACGAAGGGGGCCAAGAAGACAUCCGAGCCCAAGGCGGUGAUCCCCACGGCCAAGGCGACCCCGAUGAGCAAGCGCACCAAGAAGAACAAGGCAUCGGGGGGCGUCGCAGCCCUGAAUUCUGACUUGGACGGCAGGCGCUGCACGCCCGUCGCCUUGCGUCUUGGUGUGAAAGGAAUAGGAUUAGCAAAUCAAGGGUGGGAGAUGGGCGAAGAGUGGGUGGAGAGGAGCGCGACGAGGAAGGUUGAUGAGAAGCAGGUAGCAGGUGUGAAGGAUCAGCGUACUGAGAGCAAUGAUCAGCGCGGGCAGCAUGGGGAGGGCGAUGGGGCAUGGGCGCGCGCGAACGCUGCAGAAGGGCACGCAUGCAGCCACGUCGGCUCGAGCAUGCCUCGCCUGCAGCCCCUGGGGGACAAGUGGGCCGACAUCAGGCAGUUCGUUCAGAGGGUGCCGAUGGAGGAGGUCGGUUGCGCCGUUGCUGGCAACGUUGCAUGGGGGUCGAAGGUCGCGAGGGCUCCGAAGCGCCACCGAGUGCGGGGCAAGGCCAGCAGCACCCGCAGCCCUGCGAGCAGCUCCCCUGCACAGAGCAUGGCUGAGCUGACUCCUGGCACCCGCAGGAUGCACGAAAAGAUGGGCGAGUGGAUGGGUCUCGAGGGUUCGCUGCUGGGAGGAGGUCGCUUGCCGCCGACCGACGACGAGGCCCAGAAGGCAGAACGGUCCAAGGUGGCUGGUGAUGCCGAGGAGGAACAGGCUGAUGAGGCCGAUGAGGAAAAGGCUGAUGAGGUCGAGGGGGGAAAGGCCGAUGAGGUUCAGGAGGUUCCGAUAAUGGACAGAAACAUGAGGGCGAGGAUGUCCAGGCAGCACCUGGGGCGGCUGGGGGAGUCGAGCGAGAGUCAUCUGAUUUCGGCGAUCGACUCGGAGACCAAGGCCAUCAAUGAUGAGAUGGGCUCGCACCCGAACCCCGACGAACGCGCGAUGGAGCGCGCCAGCAUCAGGCCGGGGCAGUUCUUCCACUGCGGGCUCAUCAAGAAGCUGACAGCCUUGAAGAAGGCCGAUCCCACCUGGUCUGAUAAUGAAGAUCACGACGAGUCGCCCGACGAUGAUACGAACGCUCACUUAAGCAAGAAGGGCAGGGGGGAGCAGCGAUUUUACGAGGAGACGGCGGCGAAGAACUUCAUGUUCACCACAACAGAAGAUAAACGAAUCUGCGAAUACGUCACCUUGGAGCGGCUGGCGUGGCUCAAGGGCGGCGGCACUGCAGGCCUCCGCUUGGCGCUGCAACAUGCGUCGAAUGCCGUGCUGAUGGGUGGGAAGUGGGUCCGCUGGGACGACAUGGCGGAAACGAUCGAAUUCUUGAACGACAAGCAUCAGUUGACCGAGUCGUUCAAGAAGAGCUGGCAUCGGCACAAAGAGUGGGCGCGCACCUUCCAAGGUAGCGAAGCUGGCAGCAGCAGCGCGAGCGCGCUGCCAGCGCCAGAUGCCGUGGAGGCGGCGCCAACGACGAGGAUCACGCAGAGGAGAGACAAGGGCGAGGAGGACCACGGCUCCACUGGGCACAAGAAAGGGAUUGAUAAUAUUGCGUUACAUGAUGAGGAGGCCGCCGAGAAGUUCACGAGGCGCGAGCAGGAGAAGCCCAUGGGCGAGGAGAAGGUCAGCAAGGUGAACCCAGAUCUCGUCAAAUUCAGGGCGCUGAAAUCCAAUUACGACUGGGCCAUCAGCCAUUAUGCCAAACUCGACGGGCUCAUCAAGUCGAAGGACACAUCCUGGAAGGCAGUCGGCAAAUUUCGCGAGCCCAUGGGCACCGCGAUGCAGGUCGUGAACGCGAAAUGUUCGGAGCACGGCCUCAUGUCGAUGAUGGCAUUGGCGGAAGGGAAGUUCAAGAAACAGGUAGGAGAUAAGGAGUUCGAAACAUGCGCGCAGAGAGCCAACGUCACGCUGACGAAGAGCGUGACGAUAUUGAGUUCAGAAGUGAGGAUCCUGAUGAACCAGAAGCUUGCGAGGGACGAUGAGGACGAGAGGUUGAGGUUGGCAGCGAACCCGAAAGACAAGAAGGGCAGCGCGAAGAAGAGGAAGAAGGAUCACAAGGAGGUCACGGAUACGGCGGAGGUGAUGAUGGAGGCGGCGGAGGCGAUGUGCUGCGGUUCGGGCGCAAGCGCAGAGGAGGCCAACGCCUGGCCGUGCGACACGCUCGAGAUCGAUGCGGAUUCGCACUGCUGGGGCUCCGACCCCAACGCGGACACAGUCGACUUCGGCGUGCUGCUACCGAUUCGGAGGCCAUCGCAGUGGGGCAUCUGCGCCGCGUGCACCAUGAUGGUGAAGGAGGAGCUCAAGCAGGCAAAGCUCGAGGAAGUAAAGAAGGUCGCCGAAGUCCAUGAGAUGAUGCAGGUGAAGGUCGAAGAAGAUCAGGAUCUCGAGCCAGAGGUAGAAGAAGAGCCCAAGAGCGAGGAGGAAGCUGGGCAGCAGCAGGGCAGCCGAGAGGAUGGGCCUCGGAUCCCGAGAACACCUGAAAGGAAGCCUGCCAACGCCACGCUCAACACGGAGGACGAGUUCGAAGAGUUGUCCGGUGAAGACCCGUCGAAAAUUCAAGGGCGGAACGCUGCGAUAUUGGCAGCGCGGGCAGGCGAUUGGAGCAAGACGUACAAGGCCUGCAGCUCCGAAGCAGCGGCCGUAGUCAGCGCCGCAGAGGGACGAUGGCUGGUCAUGGAGCUGGAGCUCGUGGGACAAGGGCUGGACGGCAUCCCACUGGUCGAGCUCGUGGCAGUAGAAGCCGAGGAGGAGGAGGUCAAGAGGCCGAGGCCAUGA